GGGAGGUAUAUUUUAUCCAAUGAAAUCUAAUAGACGUUAGGUCUAUUUUUUCUUUCUUUAAGCAUGGAAGAAUUUCUCUUUUUUUACAUCAAGAGCAUAAUUUUUAGUAUCAGCACCUUUUAUAUCAAAUUCUGAUAAAGCUAGAAAAAGACGACACAAAAGGCAACAUUUUUUCUUUCUGUUUCUGUAUUUUUGCAUGGAUACUGCUAACUGGAAAAUCACAAUACGUACAACAUUAUUCGGUUUUAUACCCGAUACAUUUUCUACUAGAAAAACGGUUUUCUUUGGAGUCCCUUUUUUUAGUGAAGAUGUUUUAUAAAAAUUUAAGAAAACAUUAGAAGACAAGUGUGAGGUACAUCAUUAUUCUUCACAGAACAACCACAGCAUCUGGAACGUGAUCAACUCACCAAAAUCAAAGGAUACAAUCAUACAUUUAAAAGAAAACAUAUUUGCUACUGUAAUUGUCUGACCUGCCAUGUAUCAUUUUUUGACAGUGUUACUAAGUGUUAUUAUGGAUGCUGUCCGUGUACACUCAGCUCUCAGUUUUGGAGUUGUGCAAAGUGAAUGGCAGAUUAACCAAACACAGGCUUUGCCAAUGCUGCUUGCACAUAUUAAGCGCCCACAUGCCCAGAACACUUCUUCAGGAAAAAUCCAAAUCAACCCAGACAUGUGCUAUGGAUACUAUGAUGUGAUGGGGCAGUAUGAUGCCACAUUUAACUGUACAACAGGCACUUUUCGAUACUGUUGCGGCACCUGUCACUAUCGCUUUUGUUGUGAGCAUCAUCACAAGCGCUUGGACCAGGACAGUUGUCGUAACUACAAUAGCCCAUUUUGGGCACGUGUUACCCAGCCUACCACUACCAGUGCUAACAGCAAGUUGAACAAUAAUGGACAUGCAGACCAAACCAAUAGCACUGUCUAUGUCAUCUGUGGUGUCAUUAGUUUCACCCUAGCCGUGGGCAUCGGAGCAAAGAUUGUAUUCAACAAGACCUCUCGGCGCCCACGGGGGAGAGAGAUUAAUGUACCCAGAGCCCUUGUGGAUAUUCUCAGACAUCAGUCAGUUCAAGGAAGUCACGGUGAAAGAAACAAUAGCACAACUCUAAAUUCAGGAACACAUGAUAAUGGGCUAUCACGUCCACCCAAAAACCUUUACAACCCUAUGAUGUCUUUAAAAAACAAUCAUGAUAAUAUACAUCAUAACUUUAUUCUGACAGUCAACAGUCCAAAGCACUCAGCAACAUUAGAUUGCAGAAUGAACAAUGUUCAGUUUCCAGCUGCACCCACAAAGUACAAUACUUUGUCCUUCUCUCGCUCAUUCCAUAACCUCUCCCACCUACCACCUUCUUAUGAGUCUGCCAUCAGGUCUGACAUCAGCCGGUACUCUUCACUGAAGAGACUUGAAAAAGACAUGGAUGACUUUUACCUUAAAAGAAAACACUUGGCAGAGUUAACACGUGGCACCCUUCCACUUCAUGUCAUGAAAAUGAACUGUGAUCAAGAUGGCUACCUAGAAAAAUCUCAGACACCAAGGCGAGUCAUGUCCCAGGAACAUAUCCUCUCAGACAAUCACUAUCCAGUUCACAAUGAUUAUACCAUACCUAGAGAUCGUCUCAUCUCGCAUGAACACCUUCUGUCCCGCGAUGUCUUGCAUUCGCAGGAGCACUUGCUGUCUCCUGAAAAGAUUCAUCGUCGUGGACCAGCUCCAUUCCAGGAAGUGCGCCUUGGCCACCAGAAGGCCUUGUCACACACCAAUAUCUGUGCUAGUACUCCAAUGCUGGAUCGUCACCACAUGAUCAAAAUGAAUUCCCACCCCACAUCGUCCAACUCACCUAAAACCACUUGGGAUAUGGGGAACCAUACAGCAAAUAGACGACAAGCCUUUGCCACCAAACGCCAAGACACAGUCGAGCAACUUCAGUUUAUCCCUGGCCAUCUUCCAAGCCAGCAUCUGCGUACAGGAAGCAAAAAUGAGGUCACUGUUUAACUUUUGAGAUAGUACAUUUUGAUUUUACCUUCUUAGAAAAUGAAGUAGUUGAUUUUUGUUUUGUGCUUUCCUUAUAUUUCCUUAUUGCAUAUUUUUUAUCAUCAGAUAUUGUUGAAAUAAAGCUAAGAAAAGA